UCUUUUCGUGCCGGUCUAGCUCCACUCUAUGGCUACUAUUCUCGCCUAUGGAAGGUAGGAACCGGAAAGUCCGUUUCUCAAUGAUGUCCGGUGCUGCGCGCCUAACCUUUUGCAGGUGAAUCGGAAGGACCGGAUUGAUGUCGUUUCUGCUCUAAUGCGGAUGCUUCCUGAGGCCAAUAUGAAUCCCAUCCCAGAGUCGGACCCACAAUGCUUGACCAAACAGAAGAAGGUCCACCUUCUUGUUGGCGUCACUGGAAGCGUGGCCGCCUUAAAGCUGCCUCUUCUCGUCUCUGAGCUUCUGAAGAUACCUGGACUGGAAGUGCAAGUGGUGACUACAGAAAAUGCUAAGCAUUUCUACAAUUCGGAGGAGAUCCCCGUAACUCUCUACAGCGAUGCAGAUGAAUGGCAACUGUGGAAGGGGCGCUCAGAUCCUGUGCUCCACAUCGAACUCAGGCGCUGGGCUGACCUGAUGCUGGUGGCGCCUUUGGAUGCAAACUCCUUGGCCAAAGUAGCAAAUGGCCUCUGUGACAACCUCCUGACUUGUGUCAUCCGUGCCUGGGAUCUGAGCAAGCCGCUGCUCUUCUGCCCUGCCAUGAACACGGCCAUGUGGGAGCAUCCCAUCACUGCCCAGCAAGUGGAAAAACUCAAGGGCUUUGGCUACGUGGAGAUUCCUUGCAUUGUGAAGAAGCUGAUCUGUGGAGACGAAGGUCGGGGUGCCAUGGCAGAAGUGUCAACCAUUGUGGAGAAAGUCAAGGCAGUUUUGUCAGAGUUGGACCUGCCCAAUCAAAGCUGAUCCUCAGUUGGCGUUUCAGGAUUUCUAAUACGGGGAAAAAAAUCAAGAAAAAGUAAACACUACAAGCUUGGAUUUAACCCUGACCAGCUGUUUGGACACAGUGUAUAGCUGGAGACUUUUUGCUAACAAAUCUGAACUCACAGUUUUGCUGCCUUUUGUGCAAUCUCCAGCCGGAAGAGGGAGCAGCAAGCUUCUGAAUAAUUUGGUGGUGAGUCUGACAGAGCCAUUGAGAGAAGAAGGUGAUGCAAAGACAGACAGUGUCCUGAAGAGGGCACUGAGAAUUUCUGCAGAAUUAUUUUCUUUGAGCUCAUGACUUGCAAUAGAGUUCCCAUCCCUUUAUCUCUUUUUUUUGGUCUCAGUUUCUACAUUUCUUUAUUCAAAAGGCUAUAUUGGCAUAUUGGAGAUGGAGGCGGGUUAUACAUAAAUUAUUAUUAUUUUAUGUUAUGAUACAGCAAACAGGAUAGAUAUGCUGGAUUUCGUUUCACAAAAUCACAAGUCGAACACUUCCCAAGUGUUUGGGACUGUGAUGUAAUUUUGGAUGGCCUUUUGCAGUUGGCAGAUCGUAAUUUUGUCAAUGUCUAUUGUUUCCAAAUGCCGGCUGAGAUCUUUUGGCACGGCACCCAGUGUGCCCAUCACCACCGGGACCACCUGUACUGGUUUCUGCCAGAGUCUUUGAAGUUCGAUCUUGAGGUCCUGAUAGCGGCUGAGUUGUUCAUGUUGUUUUUCAUCAAUUCGACUGUCACCUGGUAUGGCGACAUCAAUAAUCCAAACCUUUUUCUUUUCCACAACUGUGAUGUCUGGUGUGUUGUGUUCCAGAACUUUGUCAAUCUGGAUUAUUAUUAUUAUUAUUCCAUGGUAGGGAGUCCCCGGUGGCACAGUGGAUUAAACCGCUGAACUGCUGAACUUGCUGACCAUUAAGUCCAGUCGUGUCCAACUCCGGGGCUUUGUGCUCAUCUCCAUUUCUAAGCUGAAGAGCCGGCGUUGUCCGUAGAAACCUCUACGGUCAUGUAGCCACUGGCAUGACUGCAUGGAGCGCUGUUAUUACAGUAGAGUCUCACUUAUCCAACAUAAACGGGCCAGCAGAAUGUUGGAUAAGCGAAUAUGUUGGAUAAUAAGGAAGGGUUAAGGAAAAGCCUAUUAAACAUCAAAUUAGGUUAUGAUUUUACAAAUUAAGCACCCAAACAUCAUGUUUUACAACAUAUUUGACAGAAAAAGUAGUUCAAUACGCAGUAAUGCUAUGUUGUAAUUAUUGUAUUUACGAAUUUAGCACCAAAAUAUCAUGAUGUAUUGAAAACAUUGACUAUAAAAAUGUGUUGGAUAAUCCGGAACGUUGGAUAAGCGAAUGUUGGAUAAGUGAGACUCUACUAUUAUUAUUACUAUUUCAAGCCUAGAGUCUCAAGUUUUAGAUUAUUCAAUUUCCCCUCUUCUCUGGAUAAUUACAAACUGCUUUUGCUUACACUUUCUACACAAGGUAAAUAUAAAAUAUUGCCAUGCUAUGUUGUAAAGCUGUGUCUCACCCCUUUCUGGGAUAUUCCCCUGCCAGACCAUAUUUAAAAGUGCUUGUUAUUAAGAUAACGAUCGCAUUAUUAUUAGUAGUAAUUCUCGUGAUGGUGGAAGAUGACGCUUCUGCCGGGCGCUGGCUGGCUGCUUGUGAAUGUUGGACCCAACCCUUUUCACCCAAGGGUUGCCGUCCUUUUCUGCCUGCGUGGAAGAAAACCUUCUCGCUAAUGGGGCUUAAUUAACGCCAAGACAGAGACCCAGUCCUGCUUGGCGAAGUCAUGAAAUUAUGGUUUGGAACGAGACUUUGGAUUUUGUCUUCUAGGUUUUCAUGUUGCCAGUGCCGAGUCAGCGACUGCGCCCUAAAAAUAAUCCCUGGCAUCUGACAACCAUCAAUGCUAUUUUAAUUUUUAUAUAUAUAUAGAUAUAUAUAUAUAUAUAUAUAUAUAUAUAUAUAUAUAUAUAUAUAUAUAUAACAUAUUAUAUAUAUGUAUAAUAUUCAUAAUGUUAUAUUGUAAUAUGAUAUACUAAUAAUACAAUAUAAUAAUAUUAAUUAUAUAUCAUAUUUUACAUGUAAUAUUACUAAUAAUAUUACAAUAUAUUGAUAUAGUACAAUAUAGUAAUUUAUUGCCAGUAUUGUACUAUGCUAAUAAUAUAAUAUUGUAUGUAAAUUUAAUUUGUAAGCCGCUCUGAGUCCCCUUCGGGGUGAGAAGGGUGGCAUAUAAAUGUAGCAAAUAAAUAAAUAAUAAAUAAAUGGCCAGCUGGGUUCUGGUCCACCCAAAUGUAUGGCACAGCCACCUUGUUGACCCUAAACAAAUUUUAGUUGGCCAAUAUCCGGAGAGAGGAUACGGGUCCGGCUGUUAUGAAUGUCGUACUAUACUUCAGAUCCCACAGAUCUACCAGUAAAUCCAGUUCCUUUCCACUCUUGAACCAGAAGGUCUUUUAAGGUUCUUCCCAGCGCAGUGUUACUUUGAAAUCUCAAUUACAUGUUUUCCCUGGGCAACCAUAACAUUAGAAAAGCUGUGACAGGAGUUACAUCUAAAUAAAGCACAAAUCGGUUUAA